AUGUCUUUACCAAAGCGUAUACUCAAGGAAGCUGAGCGUCUUCAAGUGGAUGCCCCAGAGGGUUCGUACAGGAUUCUUGAGGAAUACGCGACUGAAAUGAUGUUCAAGGGAUUAAAGCCAGCCCAAGGACCAGAUGGAUCUCCAUUUGAAAAGGGAAUAUUUAGCUUGGAGCUGUGGCUACCUAGCUCUUAUCCAAUGGAACCACCUAGGGUCAGAUUCCUGACAAAGAUCUAUCAUCCAAAUAUAGACAAGCUCGGUCGCAUUUGCUUAGAUAUAUUGAAGGAUAAAUGGUCUCCCGCUUUACAGAUCAGAACGGUUUUGCUCUCGAUUCAAGCAUUACUGUCUGCACCUAACCCAGAUGAUCCACUCGCGAACGACGUCGCAGAGCACUACAAAUCUGACGAAAAGGCUGCUAUUCAAGUCAGCAAAGAAUGGACACACAAGUUUGCGCAGCCAGCUUGA